GAUCGGAGCGCCGCCGCUGUGCGGGGAGCUGAGAGGAGCGGACGGUGCAUGUGUCAGGCUGAGAUUUGUGGAGGAGGGGAGAGAAGAGUGUAACUGAGAGUCGGCCACCAUGGACUGACCGGACACAGCCCACUGCCCCCCCACAUGGACGCUGAGCCCCGGACACACUGACAAGGAACACGCUCUCAGGGAGAAGUAACUUAUGUGAGGCUGUGCGUGGAUUCAGGUAUAAUGGGCUGCAUUAAGAGUAAGGAGGACAAAGGUCCAUCAAUAAAAUACAGGACAGAACCCAAGCCAGAUCCUAUCAAUCAGUUUGGCAAUGACCCAACACAAGUUGCACAGUCCCCGGCAAUCAAAGGACCCUCUGCUAAUUUUAACAGUCAUUCCAUGACGCCCUUUGGAGGUUCAUCUGGAAUAACUCCUUUUGGAGGAGCAUCUUCUGUCUUUUCACCAGUGCCAGUUCCUUACACAGGAGGGUUGACGGGUGGUGUUACCGUUUUUGUUGCCUUAUACGAUUAUGAAGCUAGGACAUCAGAAGAUCUCUCUUUCAGAAAGGGUGAAAGAUUCCAAAUAAUUAAUAACACGGAAGGAGACUGGUGGGAAGCAAGAUCUAUAGCCACUGGAAAAACCGGUUAUAUUCCCAGUAACUAUGUUGCCCCUGCGGACUCCAUACAGGCUGAAGAAUGGUAUUUUGGGAAAAUGGGUAGAAAAGACGCUGAAAGAUUGCUCCUCAAUCCAGGGAACCAGAGAGGAACAUUCUUAGUAAGGGAAAGCGAAACCACUAAAGGAGCAUAUUCCCUUUCUAUUCGAGAUUGGGAUGAAGUAAAGGGUGAUAAUGUGAAACACUACAAGAUCAGAAAACUUGACAAUGGAGGAUACUAUAUCACUACACGGGCGCAGUUUGAUUCACUGCAGAAACUUGUAAAACACUACUCAGAACAUGCCGAUGGCUUGUGCUAUAGGUUAACAAAUGUGUGUCCCACUGUGAAACCACAAACCCAGGGAUUAGCGAAGGAUGCUUGGGAAAUUCCUAGAGAAUCUUUGAGACUUGAAAUAAAGCUGGGCCAGGGAUGCUUUGGCGAAGUAUGGAUGGGAACCUGGAAUGGAACAACUAAAGUAGCCAUUAAAACACUAAAGCCUGGAACAAUGAUGCCUGAAGCUUUCCUACAAGAAGCGCAGAUCAUGAAAAAGCUAAGGCAUGACAAACUAGUCCCCCUUUAUGCUGUGGUUUCAGAAGAACCAAUCUACAUUGUUACAGAAUUCAUGUCAAAAGGCAGUCUUCUGGACUUUCUUAAAGAAGGAGAUGGGAAGUAUUUGAAGUUGCCACAGCUUGUUGAUAUGGCUGCACAGAUUGCAGAUGGUAUGGCCUAUAUAGAAAGGAUGAACUACAUCCACAGGGACCUCCGAGCUGCUAACAUCCUAGUGGGAGACAAUCUUGUUUGUAAAAUUGCUGAUUUCGGUCUGGCCAGGUUAAUAGAAGACAAUGAAUACACAGCAAGACAAGGUGCAAAGUUUCCUAUCAAGUGGACAGCUCCAGAGGCUGCUUUGUAUGGCAGAUUUACCAUCAAGUCUGAUGUCUGGUCAUUUGGCAUUCUUCUGACAGAGCUGGUCACCAAAGGACGAGUGCCAUAUCCAGGAAUGGUGAAUAGGGAGGUACUGGAGCAAGUGGAGCGUGGCUACCGAAUGCCCUGCCCUCAAGGCUGCCCAGAGUCCCUGCAUGAAUUAAUGAAGUUGUGCUGGAAGAAGGACCCAGAUGAGAGGCCAACCUUUGAAUAUAUCCAGUCAUUUUUAGAAGACUACUUUACAGCAACAGAGCCACAGUACCAACCUGGAGACAAUCUAUAAGAGGGAGAGUAACCAUAAAAUGCACAAUACUUGCCAAAAGUAUACAAGAGACUUUGCAUAAGUUCUUACCUGUUCCUGUAGCGGAAUGGAGAGUCUUGAUCACUCUGCAUGCUUAUGGCGAAUUGGAAAUCCACAGUACAGUUGCACAAAACCACUUUGAAAGUAUUGCAAGCAAAAUGGACAAAUCAUAUGAUUCAGAGCAGGUCCCAAAGAAUGGUCAGCAGUGGUGUGGAUGGUUGGUUAAGCCAUUAAGAACACAAUGUUCAGCCCGCUGUUUUAAUACAGAUUUCUCUUUUUUAUUUUUAUUUGUGUUCUUUCUUGAGCAAACAUUUCAGGAACAUCAAAUAGGGGCUCAUCACUGGACCAAGCAUUUCAUUCCUGGUCGAUCGAUAAGAUCUUGUGUUUUUUUGUUUUUGUUUUGUUUUUUAUAUAUACAUCAUAUGCUGACAUAUACAGUAUGAAAAUACAUUGCCUUCCACUUGCUACAAUGCCCAUGGAUGAAGUGAAGGGAAAUUGUUAAUUAGGAUUUUUUUUUUUUUUAUAGCCUUCUCACCAAAAGGCUAGACAUGACGUGUUCAAUUUAGACAUUACAUUAGUGCUCCGUUUCAGUAGGGCAUACAUCUCCCUUUGUUUACUGUCACUAUUGUCAUACAGGGGAAAGAGCACUUAAGCUGAGCUCACUGCAGAGUCACUGGACCUCCCUCCAGAGACUUUUCCUCUGCACAGAACCUCUCCAAACAAUGACAAUUGAAUUGCCUAAAACUGCCUGCAGGACAUAAAGUGGUGUUUUAACAUCAAGCAAUAUCCAAAAAUGUUUAUUAUGCAUUAAAGGUGAUAUAUGAUUUUUAUUUUUUUUCCCCCAUAACUAUCAUGGGCAAUCUGAAGUGGUUCUAGGUUAUUUAAAGUGCAGAUAAUCAUGUAUGCAAUCUCAUGCAUUUUUGAUACAAUUUUUUUAUGCUAUUUUCGUGACUUUUUUUAUUUGUAAGAAGUAUCGGAAUCAUACAUCUAUAACACUAUUUGAGAAUUUCCUGUAGUUCAGGGGUUUCAGUGAUAGCACUUUGGCUUACCUUUGAUUUGACUAAUAUUAGUUUGAGGUGACUGGAGCAAAAUGUGAAUGCUUUAAAUGACUGUAUUCUGACAUGGUUUAUUUACUGUGGUUGGGGCGCAAGGUCCCCAGUGCCAAGAUGGCUGGACAAACACGCUUGUGCAAAUUUUUUACAAUUACAACUGACCCAUAUGUGGCAAUAAUUUGUUUUUGAAUUUUCUUUUUUUUUUUUGUUAUUAUGUUUAUCUAACAAUAAAACAAAGUUCUACUUGUAUUUCCCAUUCUACAUUUACACACUACAGUCUGGACAGGUCCAAGAUCCGUUCUUCUUAGCCUCCAGGCCUACUUGCUAACAUUUCCAGUUUAACACCGGGGACCAGCUAGGCGAUGCCCUCAACUCACCCAUUUCCAUAACACCCAAUCAUUUUACCCAUUUAUUGAGGAUUGUUGGCAAAUAUGUACAGAUAUUUGGUAAUGUGGAACUAUAUUUUGUUUACAACUCCCAACAUGUGUUUUCAAUGGCGGUGCCAUCACAACAUUGUUCCUUAAAAUGAGACCUUUUUUUUUUUUUUUUUUAAGGGCUUUAUACAAAAAUUAUGGAAGUGUAUCUUUUUAUAAGACUUUUCAAACUAAUUUAACGCAAACUCUGUAAGUUUCUGUACUAAGUAAAAAAGCAUCAGUGCUUGGCAGUCCGACUGGCUGUCAAUCAUUGUCUUUUCACUACUAAACAUUGAUCAUGUAAUAUCAUUUUGUAUAGUAACAAAAAGUAAUUAUUGCAUUGGAAAUGAUUGUGAUGAUGCAUAUCUAACAGGAAGGGGAGCUUACUGGUUGAUGCAUUUAACACAGUUUUAUGUUAAAUAUGAUGCCUGUUGGAGCAACAGAAGAUCAAUAUGUAAAAUAAACAAAAUCAUUUUUCUUUUUUACAAA